CUUCCCUGAUUCUUUCUCCAGGCACUAAGAAGGUUACAGAGCCCUGAGGUUGGUUCUUUGCCUGCAGAGUCACUGCACACUGAGGAUCUCUAACCUCUGACUGCUUUGGUUCUGGGCGUGGAGGAAGACCCACUACUUUCAAAAGACUGUAGAGCGGAUCCAAAGGCAGCUGAGACUGGUUCAUCUCAGAGCCGGCCUUUUCUUUGGCUUGCCUGCCUGGCUGCAUCUGGACCAUGGGGAACCACGGCUCCAACCUGGACGACAUCCUGGCAGAGGACAUGCACCACUGGUACAACAUGUUUAUGCGCGAGUCUCCGUCAGGUCUCAUUACACUGUUUGAGCUGAAGGCCAUUUUGGGGCUGAAGGGGCUGACGGAAAACGCCAACAGCUACGUGGACCAGGUCUUCUUCACCUUCGACAUGGAUGGGGAUGGCUACAUCGACUUUGUGGAGUAUAUUGCGGCAAUCAGCCUGAUGCUGAAAGGAGAGAUCAACCAAAAACUAAAGUGGUACUUCAAACUGUUUGACCAGGACGGAAACGGAAAAAUCGAUAAGGAGGAACUGGAAACCAUCUUCUCGGCUAUCCAGAGCAUCACCCGCAACAGAGACAUCGACCCAGAGGAGAUUGUUACCAUCAUUUUCGAGAGGAUUGACGUGAAGGGAGAAGGUGAGAUGACUCUGGAGGAGUUCAUCGAAGGGGCCAAAGACCACGAGGAUAUCAUGGACAUGUUAAAGAACCUGAUGGACCUGACACCAGUGUUAGAAAUCAUUGUCCAAGGUCGGGGAAAGUAGGAGAGUGGAGCUGGACCACAAGAAUGGUCCAGUUUUAAAGAAAGUGAGCUCCACCCUUAUGUUCUUCAAAAGAAGAGACUGGUUCCAGACCAUGAAGUGUUCUGCUGUGAUCUGCUCAGAGCAUCACACUUCCUGGGACCAGAUACAAGCAGAGUCCUUCACUGUCCUGCUGUUUACUCUGAAGCUGCUGAUCCUCUUAAUGCCUGCAAAGGUUGAGCAUCCUAAACCCUAAGAAGCAGAUUCACCUGUUUGAAGAACAGGUCUGGCUCCACCUGCUGUCCACCUGCAAGUCACCCAAUUAUCAAUGACAUCACUGUGUAGACCCCCCCCCAAUACAAUCACUGCAAGAACUCAAAAGAUACUAAAGGAAACUCAGAACCCACAGGAUCAGACACAAACAAAACUGGACCUGAACCUUAUCAGAACCAGAUGAGCCCAAACAGAAGUCUGUUCUGGAAUCUAGUGAGAGUCAUGAAAUCAGACGCUUUAAAUUCACCAUAUGAGAUUUUAACAAUUAUUGAACAGAAAUCAAAAUGCUCCCUCUGCUGGUGAGAGACAGAAAGAAAAACAUUUGUUGGUGCUUUACUGUGUUUUAUUGCAUGUCUGAAAGUUCAAACAGUCAUUUGUUUGGUUUUGACAAUAUUGUACAAGUAACUGGAAGCGUUUCAGUGCGUUUGUGUAUUUACUGUCUAAUUAGACACAGUAGUUGUGACGAGUGUGUCGUCUCGGCAAGUUGCAUUUACUGGUGUGUGUAAUUAUUUUAUUUUUAUUUUUUUACAGUGAUGGAGAAACGUUGAACAUAUCUGUAUAGUGAAUAGUGAACUCAGACAUGAUGGUGGUUAAAGGAAAUGAUGCCAUUUUGUCCUUAAAGUUGCAAACAGAGUGAAGAGUCAGAGCUGUUCGCUGCAGGUCAGAGAGACUUUCAGUCUAAUGCAAGUUUGUGUUGCCUUAUCAAUAAACCUUCUCAACAAAAGUA